AUGGAUUACCUAUCUGUUCUUUUGCACUGUCCAUUUGAUCCCUUGCAGCCUUCACCUCAUUCGUUUUAUUAUAUAGUAGCUCACCGUCUAGAGGAGCGGCAGCAGCAGAAACUGUUGUAUGCUAAAACCCUGGCAGCACUGGUUUUCAACUGUGUUUGUCUCCUUUGCUUCCCUGACCAACUGUUUUAUUUCAGUGGCUUUUCUAAUUCCACUUUCUGGUGUCUUCCUUGUGGGAUAAUUGGUAAAAACUGCUUUAACAUUUACGUACAUUUCUUUAAAGUAGAGUCAUGCAAAAAAAAUUUUUUUUUAAUGUAA